AUGUCUUCUCAGCCGCUUGCUGUCCAGGGCUUCGUCAGCUUUGAGCAGGGCCGGGCUAAUCUCACCUUGGUUCCAUCAACGACUACACCUACGGCAUCCUCACACAAUGCCUCCUUUCCAUGCGAUGCCAAGGAAGACCUACAGGAUCAGAGUGGGAAAAGAGAUCUACGUGAUCACAUCAUGGCUCAAAUCCGCAGUGGCACCAUUACACCUCAUCCCUCCAGGAUGCCUUUGAGCGCUCGGACGUUGGCAUCACAAAUAGCGCAUGCGCAAGUCAAGACACACAUCCAGCCCACGGGUGUGUAUGGGGCGUGGAACCCAGAGGCCGAGCAGAAGUUGAUUGCCACGCUCACGCGGUCUUUACGGUACCAAAAGCCCCAGGCUAUCGAGGAUAAGAAGCCCGACGGAAAGCCCCAGGCCAUCGAGGAUAAGAAGGACGAGAAUGAGGAGAAGCACCAUGCCCCAGCUAUCGAGAAUGGCGCGCCAACCGUCGUAGACAGCGCCCCAUCCGCCCACGAGAAGGACCAUAACAUCCCGAACCAGAAGGCCAACAUCGCUGUCGAUCUGCUCCUGCAUGACGACGCAUGCCACUUUGAACAGUACGUGAAGAAAAACCAUCCCGAUGUCUUCAGCGACAUCAAGUACUACGUGGUGGACGCCUUUCAUGCUCCAAAUCAUAAAUGUUCCAAACGUUACUGGACUGGAGCUGUCAAGAGACGCUGCCAGAACGUACGCACAAACAUCCCAGAAAUUUUCAAUGCUUGGAUCCGUAGCCUGAACUUCUUCUUCAAUUCGCUCAGGCCUCAUUCGCACAAGUUUUGGGUAGCAGAGGCUUGCAGGUUCUACAAUGAGAACCUCAAGGAUGUAGCCGUCCACAUUGGCCGCCGCACGAAUGUUGUUGCGCGCCAACGUAGAGGCAAGGCCCACAAGAAACCAGCUGCUGCUCGCAAGAAGCCGUCUGCAGCAUGCCGUUUCAAGGCCCAUAAGAAGCCAGCUGCUGCUCGCAAGAAGCCGUCUGCAGCACGUCGCCAGUAA